CGAAGUGCACACAAGUAAUAUUUGAUUAUACUGUAUUUUAUUUAACUAUGAUUGUUUUUAACCCAGUGAAGAAAGUGCUUGCAAACAGCAUUGAAUAUAUUAUACAGUAGCCGAAGAGGGGAAAGAACAAAUGAUUUAAAGAGGCUGAGAGCAUAUGUAAUGGAGGGUGGGAGGGUUGGAGAAAGGGAAGGGGGGGAGAGGGAGGACAAGCGGGUGGGUGCUGUGAAAUCUGUUAACAGGGGAGCUCUGUGUGUUUGCUAGCUGCCUUGGCUGCUUGCCCAACUUGGCUCAUUGUGAUAAAGGCAUGAUCGUGGACUCCAGGCAGCCCUCGCCGCCGCCUCGGCUGCCGUGCGUCUGGACUCGGCCCCGCUAUCAGCGCUGACAUGGAAAGACCCACACGCUGUGACCCGGUGCUCAGAAGGGACCAUGAGAGGGACUUGGAGCUGGACAAAAAGAUUGAGGCUCUCAGAAGAAAGAAUGAGGCGCUCAUGAAGAGAUACAAGGAGGUGGAAGAGGACAAGAAAAGAGCAGAAGAAGAAGGAAUGGCGCUGCAGAGCCGUAAGGGCAAAGCUGAUGAUCUAACGAUCACAGUAAACAAGUCCACUUGUGUCAGCCGUGUGGUGGUCACCAAGUCCUUUAACAGCGGCUCACCUGCUGGGAAAGGACAAGAGGAAGUAGGAGCGGGCCGAUGCGAGGAAAUUACUGUGCAGCCUGCCGGCAGUGUCGGCAGAGGGCACAAGAAGCAGCUCAUUGUCACCAUGGCUGGUAAAAAGGGUAAGAGAGUGGUGUGUGAGAAGCCUGAAAAGAGGCCAGACCCCCCCUGUCCGUCAGAUGUCAAGAGCCCAGCUGAUGAGCUCCAAGCUGGCGGCGUGGAGGUGGCAGGGAUCGGAAAACAACCAUGUCACAUGACCAAGAUGGACAUUACAGCAGCGCAGGAGCUGGAAAUCACAGAUCUCAACGUCCCCACAUCGAAGGAGGAGCAAGAGGAGUACCUGCAGUGGAAAAAGGAGCGUGAGAAGAUUGACAAGGAGAGAGUGGCGCGUCACAAGAACGCCAAGGGACAGUGGAGGCGGGCGUGGGACAUAGACAAAUCAGAGAACAUGUUUUUAGACAAAUCCCUGCCGGACAGAGAUUGGGUGCCUGCAAAUCGAGGAGGACGAAGCACCAGAAGAGGACAGCGGAGGUCUGGUGCUGACACACGAGGUCAUGAGAAGCGAUGCAAAGACAAGUCGACUAAAAACGUACAAGUAAUGAGCAGCAACGCGAAAGGCAAAGAUCGUCUGACCGGGAGGGCCAGAAGAUGGCAAGACCAAGAAGAAGAAUAUAACCUACAGACUUCUGAUACACCAUUGGAGGAAUUGCUGGAGGAGCUUAAUGCGCUGACAGAUGCUGAGGCACACGAGCAAAGCGAUCACGACUCAAAAAGUAAGCCGUCACAGAGUCCAGAUAUAUUAAACGCCUGUGAGGAAGUGAGGGGAUCCAAAGGUUCUUUGGCUACCUUGAGAGCAGACACCUCAACGCAGGAGAAAGCAGAUGCCUCGCCCCCUCGGGCUUCAGAGAAGAAAGUGCGAUUCUCGCAGGAGCUCAUCCAGGGGGCUCAAGCAAAGCAAAUCACAGGCUUUCAGGAUUCCUCCAACUCUGAAUCCGGUCCAACAUUCUUUUUAAAAGCUUCCUCGCAGAAAAAAAUCUGGCACAAAGUGCCCCAGCAGCAUCUGGAAAGUGCCAAGGAUGAAGAGAGUCAUUGCCAGCAGCAGGCUUCUGAAAGUCAAUGUUCAAAAAAAGACAUCAGUGCCCCCACAGCGCCCUGCUGGCCCCCUGCUGACAAGGCCUGCGCUUCUCUACUGGAAAGCUCUGUCCAGCCCGUGGAGCUCACCAAGUCCAACGCAAACACAGAAGAAGCUACUGACUUGCAUGUAUGCGUCUCCAGCCUGGAAUCAGGGACGUCACACCCGGAACUCUUUAGCUGCAACGACAAGGCAAGAGAGCACGGCAGGAUUGUUUAACACGUUCGGGAUGCAAAUAAUGAAAGACUCGAAUGCGGAUGCUCAAUGGAGGUGUGGCUUCCUGGCCUUGCGGUGUGUCACAUCUCUUUGAUCCGACACAAAGGAGCAUCGCUGCACCCGAGCAUACGUGGCGACACAUCAUUUCCUACGUGUGCAUUAGAGUGCAACGCCGCUGACUGUUUACAUGUUGUCGUACGCGGGCUGGAAGGUACGUUCGUGUAACAUUACAGGAAGUUGGCCUUGAGAAGAGACAUUAGACUUAGUCUAUUUGUGUAGUGCCCGGUUGUGCCCUUGGGCCAGUUUCAAUAAUGGGAAAACAUCUGCACUAUAAGGGGGAAUGAAAAAAAAAAAGUCAUCAACCUUCCAUCCAGGGCGGCCCGGUAGUCCAGUGGUUAGCACGUCGGCUUCACAGUGCAGAGGUACCGGGUUCGAUUCCAGCUCCGGCCUCCCUGUGUGGAGUUUGCAUGUUCUCCCCGGGCCUGCGUGGGUUUUCUCCGGGUGCUCCGGUUUCCUCCCACAUUCCAAAAACAUGCGUGGCAGGCUGAUUGAACACUCUAAAUUGUCCCUAGGUGUGAGUGUGAGUGCGAAUGGUUGUUUGUUUCUGUGUGCCCUGCGAUUGGCUGGCAACCGAUUCAGGGUGUCCCCCGCCUACUGCCCGGAGACGGCUGGGAUGGUCUCCAGCACCCCCCAUGACCCUAGUGAGGAUCAAGCGGUACGGAAGAUGAAUGAAUGAAUGAAUGAACCUUCCAUCCAAUCGGUGUGAGGAGCUACUGUGUUAGCAGCUGCGUCCAGCAUCAGUCGGUGGCCUUUUGUAACUCACCUGUCACUUUCAUUACUACAUACUGAUUUUAUUUUUUUCAGAAAACAAGUUGAUUUGUAAACUAAACUACUGACAUUGAACCUGUAUGCUGUUGAAAAAACAGUAAAGACAGAGAGCAUUUUACAAGGACUGCUCGGAUGCAUGGUCGUCUCAUACCAUUUGCACUCACGCACGCCAUAACUUGUGCCGGCCUGAUUUAAAAACGAAAAGCUCCUCUUGACACGUUGACAUGUUUCUACGUUUCAAAUGGAAGCAAUACGCGCCGAUGUAUGGUUAAGAACAUAAUGGGGUCAAAAUAUCGGGACACUAUUUUGACUGUAAUAUUUUAUGCACUGGAGAAGAAAUGGAAGUUUUGCACAUUUGUCGGUUUGACAGCAGGGAUAUGAAGUCUACUGCUCAUGCCUUCAAAACUAAGAUUUUUGCACUUGUUUUUACGCCGUUUAAAUUGACAGACAGCUGUGCAACUCGUAAUUUGUCCACCGAGGCCUCGAGGCACAUCUGGGAGGGAAUCACUUGAGAUGUUGAAAAUAAAUCAAGUGCGGCCAUGACGUUUUGCCAGUAACACAGAUUCAACCGCAGCUGCCAUUUCACGCUGUUUUCUUUUGUCGGUUGUGGAGGGGGGAAGAAAAAAUUGACAAAGCAUUCUGAGAAUGUUGUUGUGCCUUGUAUUUUCGCUUCAUCAACUAUAAUUGACACAAUGUAUUCGUCAACGCACACUUUCACUUGUCUAUCACGCUUCUUCACGGAAGCGUUUUUAAAAUGUGUGUUCCAUUCAACGGAGUCAAAAUCACGCUACGUAGCCUUAUCUUUUUUUUGUCCAAAUAUGAUCUUGGAGUGUAGUUAUGUUACAUAACCAUACGUCUAGUGGUUAAAUGACCUGUUGCAAGGUUUUUACAGUUUCAACUGCGGUUACAUUAAAAAGAAGACGGGGGGGAGGGGGGGACGUCAGGUUACAGGCAGAAAUGUACUGGGGAAGAACACAGUUAAGGCUUUUGCAACCGUGAAACAAAAAUCUGUAAUUUGACAGAAGAGAGUGCAGUUGACCUUAUUUUUAAAUCCCCUUUGGGAGUUUAGAAGUUUAGAAUAUUUAUUUUUAGCAGGUUGUUCCACGUCAUUUGUAUUUCGAUGUUCCUGUCACGCCUCAAAUGGCGCAUUAAAAAGAUGGUUGUGGCUCCGCA